AGCCGGCGGCCGGAGCCGAGGAGGGCGCGGGCGGGCUGAGGCGAGCUGAGGUUGGAUUAAAACCAGAAAACGGUUUCUUUGUAUCAGGAUAAAGGAUUCUAACCACUUUUCCAAUGAUAUGCCUUAAGAAGACUUAACAUCCCACUCUUUGGAGGCAUUACCAUUGAUGAAGACGUCGGGAUAUACGACAAAUGGAAAUCCACGAUUAAAAAGAGGACCGUUACAAAUCUCUGGAAAUAGAAGGAACUCUUCUUCACCAAGAUGGGUGUACUGUGUUCAGUUAUCAAGUUUGAAAAUCUUCAAGAGUUAAGGAGACUGUGUCACUGGGGUCCCAUCAUCGCCCUUGGUGUUAUAGCAAUAUGUUCUACUAUGGCGAUGAUAGACUCCAUAUUGUGGUAUUGGCCCCUACAUACAACUGGAGGAAGUGUGAAUUUUAUCAUGUUGAUAAAUUGGACUGUCAUGAUUCUUUACAAUUACUUCAAUGCUAUGUUUAUUGGCCCGGGAUACGUACCUUUCGACUGGAAACCGGAAAAAUCUCAGGACAGCAUGUAUCUCCAAUACUGUAAAGUGUGUGAGGCUUACAAGGCACCUCGCUCGCACCACUGCCGAAAAUGUAACAGGUGUGUUAUGAAGAUGGAUCAUCACUGCCCAUGGAUCAAUAAUUGUUGUGGUUAUCAGAAUCAUGCAUCGUUCAUUCUGUUUCUCCUUUUAGCCCCACUGGGAUGUAUUCACGCUGCUUUCAUUUUUGUUAUGACUAUGUACACGCAGCUUUAUAACAGGAUCUCCUUCGGGUGGAGCACUGUAAAGAUCGAUAUGAGUGCCGCCAGGAGAGAUCCCCUACCCGUUGUGCCCUUCGGAUUAUCUGCAUUCGCUGCCUCCUUAUUUGCCUUGGGAUUGGCUUUAGGAACGACGGUAGCCGUUGGUAUGUUGUUUUUUAUCCAGAUGAAAGUAAUUCUAAGGAACAAAACCUCCAUAGAAUCAUGGAUUGAAGAGAAGGCCAAAGACCGAAUUCAGUAUUAUCAAACUGGUGAAGUCUUUAUUUUUCCCUAUGAUAUGGGAAGUAGAUGGAAGAAUUUUAAGCAGGUAUUUACAUGGUCUGGAGUUCCAGAAGGAGAUGGAUUAGAAUGGCCCAUAAAGGAAGGCUGUCACCAGUACAGCUUAACAAUAGAGCAGCUGAAACAGAAAGCAGACAAGAGAGUCAGAAGUGUACAGUACAGAGCAAUGGAAGAUUACAGUGGUGCUUGCUGCCCUCUGAAUAAAGGUAUCAAAACCUUCUUCACCACACCGUGCACCGAAGAGCCCCGGAUUGAACUUCGCAAAGGGGAUCUGAUACUAGUUACGAGAGGUUUAAAGCACUGGAUGUAUGGAGACAAAAUUCUUAAUUCAGCUGCAGAAGGCGCUAGAGUGAGAGGAUGGUUUCCCAGAAAAUGUGUGGAAAAGUGUCUGUAUGAUGUUGAAACAGAUCAAGAAUUUGAAGGCGAGAAGAAAAAUAGAUAGCCACUCUAAUUUAAAAAAUUGUCCUUUAAGACCACACCACCCUUUACUUGAAAACUGUACAUACUACUUCAGAAUUAUGCAAUGGACCUGCUAUGGAUUUUGUUCUUUUCCUCACACAAAAAUGCCCCAGUGCCAUGACUUAAAUAUUUUUAUGACCAUUUUGUAACCGAGAAGCCAUUCCACAUAUGCCUUUGAAAUCCUCCCUUUCUCAACCUCCCUCUCCAAAACAAAGAUUCUAACCAAGUGUUUUCGCAUUUCCUAUAGAAAUUUUUUUUAAUCGAUUGCACAGAUAGGGACCUUACCUGCAGAGGACGUUUUCUUCCCCAGGUGAGCCAUCUGCAUGUGAUGUUCCUUUAUUGGGUUCUCGUUUUAGUUUGCAGUUUUUUACUUAAUGAAGUACCUCCCUGGAAAGUUAUUUUAUCAAGUUAAAUUUUGUUACCUGUGUCUUUUAAGAAUCCAAACUGUCGAUCACAAAUAAAGACCAAUGAGUGUUCUUUAUACAUCCC